AAAUAAUAAUUAUAUAAAUGACAUAUCAUAAAAAAGGAAGCCCAAUAUCAAGGCCCAUUUUAGAGUUUAGAACCUUAUUUAUUCUUCACCACAGCUCAGUAGCUAGAAGUAAACCAAGCCCUUCUCAGACCUUACUAUUCUAUGAUAUUGGUUCCCAUAGCCCACUUUCUGGAAAAAGGCCACUCUUGUAGUCUGGUGUUCAUGGGCACAAGAAGGGAGAAAGUGAUUUCAGCUUGCAUUAAUAUGAAGCAUUGGUUUCUGCGUACAGCCCGUGUCGGUGGUAGAUUUUCUGGAUUGUGCAAACAUUUUCUUUUUGCUCUUUUUCAGUUUGAGGGCUGAAUGGCUGACCAUUGGCUAACAAUAGGCUGAAGCCAUCACCGCCACAACACUAGUCUUUUUCCAUUGAGCAAACGCCAUUCGCUUCCCAGUAGACCACUUGAAUUCCAACAAAAGCAUGGAAGAAAAGCAGAAGGUUUCCAAAUGCUUAAUCCUGAAGAAAGUUGAAAUAUUAUUUUGACUCCUCCGUACAUCGAAGAGGAACUAUCCUUUAAAAUAGUAAUUUAAAUGCCAACAGAAUCAAAUGACAAUUGGUAAUUGGUGUUUUCAAAACUAUAUAUAAAGCCCCUUAGUCCCUCCAUGCAUUAAUCUUUCAAUCAUUUCACUUACUAGUUUAACACUACUGCAAAACAAACGCUAACUAACAUCAAUGGCGGAUAGGAAUGGAGCAAGCAUUGGUGAGAAUUUUGAAACUUUCUUCAAUGGCUGGCUCAUUCGCCAGGAAAACUUCCUUGAACAACUUGUUCAAGCCUCACAUCCCAGGAAGGGCAUGAAAUCGAACGGCAGGAAAGCUUGAUUCAGGAAGUCCUGUCCCACUACGAACAAUACUUAGAAGAGAAAUCCAGGGAAGCGAAAGAAGAUGUGUUCCUCUUCUAUUCUCCUCCAUGGUUAAGUUCUUUCGAGAAGACUCUCCUCUGGGUUGGUGGGUUUAAGCCAUUCUUUCUCUUUAAACUACUCUCCAACUCAGUAACGAUGUUAACCCUGGAACAAGAAGAAACAAUGGAGCUAGUUAAACACGAGACUAGCAGAGAAGAACGAGAAUUGACAAAGGCAAUGGCGACGAUUCAAGAGAGCGUGGCAACUCCUCCGCCGUUGAACCUGGUUAGGCGUUCUGGGAGACUGGUUGAUGGUGAAGCGUUAGACCUUGAGUCGGCCAUGGAGACACUAAAGGUUGGGAUGCUAAGGACACUGGAGAGAGCUGAUAAACUCCGAGGCUCGACUUUGAGGAGGGUGAUUGAGAUACUGAGUCCAGUCAAGAAAGUGAAGUUUCCAGCUGCUUCUGCUGAGUUUCAGCUUAGAGUCAGGAAAUGGGGUUUACAGAAAAACCAACAAAGAGAAAUAGAAUUGGGAUGAUCAGCCUGCAGGGCUUCCUGGAACUUUCUACAUAAUUAAUUUGUCAGAAUUUGCAAUGAUGAAUUUUAAAGCCUUUUUUUGUCUUGUAGUGAUUGAAUAUGGAUCAGAACUGCAUCCUCAAAUCAAAGAAUGCUAACAAAAUGAUCAUCUGUCUGGGUGCAAGUUUUUUUUUCCUGUUUACUUGGAAUUUGAUAUAUUAUGACAAUGAUUUUUGUUCGUUUGGACUAAGGAUUUUACAUUAACUUUAUUUCCAUUUCCCCCUCCUUUUUGAGUCAUUUAUCAGGUAAUCAUC